AUGGGCUGCUGCUUUUCCGAACCUAUUGAUUUAGAUGGCGCAGUCAACUUGUAUCACUUCGAUCUUCAUCGAGCCAUUGGCAAGGGCGCGUUUGGAAAGGUCCGAGUUAUUGAGCACAAGCGAACCAAGAAAUUUUAUGCUCUGAAGUAUAUCAACAAGCAGCAAUGCAUAAGACAAAAGGCUGUCGCCAACGUCAUCCAAGAGCGACGACUCCUCGAGGAGAUUGAUCACCCUUUCAUCGUCAACCUACGUUAUGCAUUUCAAGACGAUGACAAUUGCUUCUUCGCGCUGGAUCUCAUGUAUGGUGGUGACCUACGAUUUCACCUCAAUAUGAAAGGAUCUUUCCCUGAAAGGACUGUACGCUUCUGGAUUGCCGAGUUGUCCUGUGGACUCGCCUACCUCCACAAGCAGCGCAUUAUUCACAGGGACAUCAAGCCUGACAACAUUCUCCUUGAUGCAUCAGGACACGCCCAUCUGACUGAUUUCAACGUUGCCAUCCACUAUUCAGAGCGACGUCUUCAUACAUCAAUCGCGGGAUCUAUGGCAUAUAUGGCACCUGAAGUUGUCCACACAGCCCGCACUGGCUAUACAUGGCACAUAGAUUGGUGGAGUUUGGGUGUCUGUGCCCAUGAGCUACUCUGGCAUAAACGCCCGUUCCACGGCAAGACCGCGGAUAGGAUGCGGGAGAGCAUCACAAGUCAUCCUAUCAAAGUUCCUCCUGCCCGCGAGGGCGUGCAGCCUGUCAGUAAAGAGGGCUGCGAUGCUAUUUUGGGGCUGCUGGAGCGGAACCCGAAUACCCGUUUAGGAUGCCGCGCCCUUGUGCCCAGUAUCGAUGACAUCUACAGCCACCCUUGGUUCGCACGCAUCAACUGGGAGAAGCUGGAAGCCAAGCAGCUUGACGCGCCCUACGUACCUGACCAACGAAAGCCAAACUUUGACGUCACACAUGAGUUUGACGAGUUCCUUUUGGCAGAGAAACCUCUGACGCAUCAGAAACGGAAGGCGAACCCAAACACGGAAAAGAUGGCGCCUGAAUUGAGGCAGCUCGAAGAACAGUUCACCAUCUACGACUUCAACUCUUCGACUCGCAUCUCUUACUAUCCCCACAACGAGCCGAUUGUCGCCGCCCAUGAAGCCGACUCUGAUCCUACCGUUGUAAUUCAGUCGCAAACCAACACGCUCGUGCAUCAGGGCACUAUUAUUGGCCGAUCGCGAGCGAACUCUCCCGUUCCAAGUAGUCGCCAUUCACGGUCUAGCUCCCAGCAGUACUCGUCCAGUUCUCGAGGGAGUAGCCACCGCCAUAUGGGCUCAUAGUAAUCAGUCGUAGCAUUAUUCCUUGUCCUAACACUCUUCGUUGUCCAGCUGUCUUGUCAUCGCAUCGUCAUCGCAUUCAUGUACACUUUUUCAACACCGCAGCCAUCGCCUAUUUAUGUUCCUGUUGUACUCUUCACUGGGCACUGGAUUUUCCGUGCUAUUCCAUUCUACUCUAAUCGGCAUUCGCAUCAGCAUCCGCAUCAUCACGUCUUUUUCAUACUCCAUCCAUUUUUUGACUUGCGGAGCUCGCAGGCUCGCCCUCUUGCAGUCACUGAUGUGGUUCACUCGAUUCCUUUUUUUGGGGGGGGGAGGUAUACCUUACUCACAACGGUUAAUAUUCUCGUUAUCACCAUCACAUCGUCUCUACUGUACGCACUUGUUACUUUUACCCAUAUACAUGACCUUCAUGAU